CCUGUGUGCGGAGGAGAGCUGCGGCUCGACUCAGGGCCAGAUGAGGGAGUCAGGGGCGCGACCCACGACUGCAGCCUGGUUUUAAGGCUGAGAAUCGCUUCGCAGCCGGUCCCGGGCAGCAGUCGCGCGAGCUCCGCGGCGGGACCUGCGGGGGGCGGGCGCCGGGGACCCCCGGGCACCCGGGGACUCCUCCCUGCGCCCCGGCCCGCGGCACCCAGGCUCCGGCCCGCGCCCCUGGAGCGGGGGUGGGGGGACCCGGACGCACGGGGUAGGGGCUUUGCUCAUUGCCAAGCAGGAAGUGAGCACGGGGAAGAGCGGCGGGGAGAGGGGAGGAGGCGCUGGCGGGGGAGGGGCGCGUGGCGCCGCGGAGGAGUGCUCCCGGCGCAUCGCAACGGCCGGGCGCCCCAGGCCCGCAGCCCCGCUCUCCUCCCCUGUCCCGGAGGCCGCCCGGCCCCACCCCGUCCCCAUGGCUUCUCCGGACGACCCUCUGCGCGCAGAUCAUUUGGCAAAGGAACCAGUGGAAGACACAGACCCUAGCACUAUAUCCCUUAAUAUGUCAGACAAAUAUCCCAUUCAGGACACGGGACUCCCUAAAGAGGAGUGUGAUCCAGUUACAUUGAACUGCCCAACAAAUUCUGAUGUGCAACCCCAGGGAGAAGAAAAUGGCUUUCCAGACAGUACUGGAGAUCCCCUUUCAGGUGUAAGCAAGGAGGCGUCCUGCGCGGAGAACCGUACCUGUUCCUCCUUCUCCCUCCGGGCCCCCACCAUCAGCGACUUGCUCAAUGACCAGGACUUACUGGACGUGAUCAGGAUAAAGCUGGACCCCUGUCACCCAACCGUGAAAAACUGGAGGAAUUUUGCCAGCAAGUGGGGCAUGCCCUACGACGAGCUGUGCUUCCUGGAGCAGCGGCCCCAGAGCCCCACCCUGGAGUUCUUACUGCGCAACAGUCAGAGGACGGUGGGCCAGCUGAUGGAGCUCUGUCGGCUCUACCACAGGGCGGACGUGGAGAGGGUCCUGCGCAGGUGGGUGGACGAGGAGUGGCCCACGCGGGGGCGUGGCGAGCACCCCAGGAGCUUCUAGACCCCGGCUCCUCCUCAUCGGCCUCUUUGGACAUUGAGACGCGCCCGGGUUAAGGAGCGACGUGAAUCUUUAAGGACCUCCUAAGCGGAGGAGCCGGAUGUGGAACAGCGGACACUGGUUUUCCCCAGAGCUGGUGGUUUUGUGGAGGGGUAGAGUAUGUUUCUGGUGGUGGAUUUUCCUUAGUUUUGCACAUCUGUUUUAAUUGAAUAUUUGAAUCUGGAAUUGGGGAGAAUGUGUUAUAGGCGUCUGUAGGGACCAGGGCCAAAGCUACAAUCAGACUGGAUUCAUGCCGUGAUAAAAAUAAAAGCACCCUCUCCGUUAAAUACUGAGGAUUGAAAUUGGAAGUACGAUUGUUGAUGGCCCCGAAAAGUCAUCAUCCACAGGGUCCUUUAUGAUCAACGACACUCCCACGGCUUUGACGAAAACCACAGAAAGAAGUGACCCUUUAGUCUGUUACUCUUUUUGUUAUAAAGUACUUAGGUGAAUUCACAGGCUACUGGCAUUGCGUGGUGAUACCCUUCAGGACACAUGUGACAUCCUUCUUAUUGUAUAAUCUGUGCACUCUCAAAGAGGUCUUUGCUUGAGUAUUUUUGAAAGAAGCAAAAACCAGUGGUUAUUGGAAGGGCACAGGAGUUAGCAGGGUAAAAGGACCACAGGAAAGGUGUUGACAAAGAGUAGACCCUUUUGGUACCCUUGGCUUUUUAAAAAUUAAUUUAAUAUUUACUUUGAUGUCUUUUAUAUCAAGCUGAGUGUUUUACGCCUGAGACGAAGCUCCGUUCAGAAAUGAAUAGGGACUUCCCUGGUGGUCCAGUGAUUAGGACCCUGCGCUUCCACUGCAGGGGGCGUGGGUUUCAUCCCUGGUCGGGGAACUAAGAUCCUGCAUGUCACAUGGUGUGGGGGAAAAAAAAGAAAAGAGAAGAAAGAAAAAUCACUGGCCUGUGGGUGAAAUGCAACCCCUUGUAGCACCCACCACCACCCCAGCCUAAAACAGGCCCCAUAAGACUACACAGCACUUUAGCCAAGGAAGAGAAGUCUUUACUGAUGAUACUGGGAAUCUAAAUUUUAAAGGAUUGUAAACCAAAUGAAAAAUUGGGUUCAGAGAAUAUCCAAUGUUCUUU